AAAAUGUUGUUUUUGAGAGACGUUUUUUAUGAGAAUUUGUUAUUAAAAAUAGUGAUGUAAUUUGUACCCUAAAGUAGGAAGUUGGGUGAAAUUUAGGAGCCGCAUAGCCCAUAGGGUUUUGGUUUUGUUCAGGCCUAGGUUUCGCCUCCUCUUCUUCUUCUUCUCCGAGACACACUAACACUACACACACAGAGAAGACGAAGAACUUUUACAAAAAUGUCGCAAUCACUAGAAUUAUUACUGAUUCAAUUCUUGAUGCCCGAUAAUGAUGCUAGAAGACAAGCUGAAGAUCAAAUUAAGAGAUUAUCCAAAGACCCACAAGUUGUUCCUGCUUUAGUUCAUCAUCUUCGUACUGCUAAAACUCCCAAUGUUCGUCAACUUGCUGCUGUUUUGUUGCGAAAAAAGAUUACUGGUCAUUGGUCUAAACUUGCUCCUAAUGUUAGACAACUUGUUAAACAAUCUCUUAUUGACAGUAUCACCAUGGAGCACAGCACUCCGGUGAGACGAGCGAGUGCAAAUGUUGUGAGUGUCAUUGCAAAGUAUGCUGUCCCUGCUGGAGAGUGGCCUGAUUUGUUACCAUUUCUAUUCCAGUGUAGUCAAAGUGCACAAGAGGAUCACAAAGAGGUUUCGUUGAUUCUUUUCAGCUCAUUGACUGAAACAAUUGGGGAUACUUUUCGGCCGCAUUUUGCAGACCUUCAAAGUCUUUUGCUUAAAUGUUUACAUGACGAGACAAGUAGCCGAGUUAGAGUUGCAGCACUCAAGGCUGUUGGAUCUUUUCUAGAGUUUACACAUGAUGCAUCUGAAGUGGUUAGAUUCAGAGAUUUUAUACCUGGAAUAUUGCAUGCUGCAAGACAGUGUCUUGUUGCUGGAGAAGAAGAUGUGGCAGUAAUUGCCUUUGAAAUAUUUGAUGAGCUGAUUGAGUCACCUGCUCCACUUUUGGGAGAUUCUGUUAAAUCUAUAGUUCAGUUUUCUCUUGAGGUUUGCUCUAAUCAGAAUUUGGAUGUGAGCACCCGUCAUCAGGCUAUUCAAAUAAUCUCCUGGCUAGCAAAAUAUAAAUAUAAUUCUCUUAAAAAACACAAGUUGAUUAUGCCAGUCUUGCAUGUCAUCUGCCCUUUACUUGCAGAGUCAAGUGACAGGGAUGAUGAUGAGGACCUUGCCCCUGAUCGAGCUGCUGCUGAAGUUAUUGACACAAUGGCUUUGAACCUCCCAAAGCAAGUUUUUCAACCAAUAUUUGAAUUCGCAUCUAUUAGCUGUCAAAAUGUAGAUCCUAAAUUUCGGGAAGCUGCAGUCACAGCUUUGGGAGUUAUAUCUGAGGGUUGCUUGGAUUUGAUGAAAAGUAAUUUGAAGCCUGUUCUUCAUAUAGUUUUGGGGUGUUUACGAGAUCCGGAACAGAUGGUGAGAGGCGCGUCCUCAUUUGCGUUAGGUCAGUUUGCUGAGCACCUGCAGCCUGAGAUUAUAUCACAUUAUGAGAGUGUGCUGCCUUGCAUAUUAAACGCUUUGGAGGAUGGCUCUAAUGAUGUGAAGGAAAAGUCAUACUAUGCUUUAGCUGCGUUUUGUGAGAAUAUGGGUGAGGAAAUCCUUCCUUUUAUUGAUCCUUUAAUGGGGAAGCUUUUAGCUGCUCUUCAAAACAGUCCUCGGAACUUACAAGAGACUUGCAUGUCUGCGAUUGGUUCUGUUGCAUCUGCUGCAGACGAGGCUUUCUUACCAUAUGCUGAAAGGGUCCUUGAACUGAUGAAAAAUUUCAUGGUUUUAACAAAUGAUGAGGACCUCUGUUCACGAGCAAGGGCCACUGAGUUAGUAGGGAUAGUAGCAAUGUCUGCUGGGAGAGCAAGGAUGGAGUCCGUAUUGCCACCUUAUGUUGAAGCUGCAAUUAAGGGUUUUGAGUUGGAAUUCAGUGAGCUGCGCGAAUAUACCCAUGGAUUCUUCAGCAAUGUGGCCGAAAUUCUGGAUGAUGGCUUUGUCAAUUACCUUUCACAUGUUGUGCCGUUGGCAUUUUCCUCUUGCAAUCUUGAUGAUGGUUCUGCUGUCGACAUUGAUGAAUCCGAUGAUGAUGAAAAUGUUCAUGGAUUUGGCGGAGUCUCAUCAGAUGAUGAAGCUCAUGAUGAACCAAGAGUAAGAAAUAUUAGCAUAAGAACAGGAGUGUUAGAUGAAAAGGCAGCUGCUACGCAGGCUCUAGGACUCUUUGCUCUUCAUACCAGAAGAUUUUAUGAACCAUAUUUGGAGGAGACUAUAAAAAUCUUGGUGCGACAUUCUACUUACUUUCAUGAGGAUGUAAGACUUCAGGCCAUCAUCGCCUUGAAAAAUAUAAUUAUAGCAGCACAAGCAGUCUACCAAGGACAAGUGGACGGUUCAGCAAAAGCAAAAGAAGUUCUUGAUACUGUCAUGAACAUAUUAAUUAAAACUAUGACCGAGGAUGAUGACAAGGAAGUUGUAGCUCAAGCUUGUAUGGGUAUAGCAGACAUCAUCAAGGAUACAGGAUAUAUGCCUAUUGAGCCAUAUAUGCCGCAGCUAGUUGAUGCCACUCUAAUGCUUCUUAAUGAGCAGUCUGCAUGUCAGCAGAUUGAAUCAGAUAGUGAUGAUGAUGAGGAUGACGCUACACAUGAUGAGGUCUUAAUGGAUGCAGUUUCUGACCUCCUUCCAGCAUUUUCCAAGGCCAUGGGUCCUCAUUUUGCACCCGUGCUAGCCAAACUAUUUAACCCCCUGAUGAAAUUUGCGAAAAAUUCACGUCCACCACAAGAUCGGACCAUGGUAGUUGCAACCCUUGCAGAAGUUGCGCAGAACAUGGGCUCACCUAUAGCAGGCUAUGUUGAUGCGGUGAUGCCAUUGGUCUUAAAAGAAUUGGUAUCUUCUGAUGCAACAAAUCGGAGAAAUGCUGCGUUUUGCGUUGGUGAGUUCUGCAGAAACGGUGGUGAAGUGGCAUUGAAAUAUUAUGGAGACAUCUUGAAAGGACUUUACCCACGUUUUGGCGAAUCUGAACCAGAUAAUGCCGUGAGGGAUAAUGCAGCAGGUGCUGUGGCAAGGAUGAUUAUGGUACACCCGGAGGCUAUCCCAUUAAAUCAGGUCCUCCCUGUUUUCCUGAAAGCUCUUCCUUUAAGAGAAGAUCAUGAGGAGUCUAUUGCUGUUUAUAGCUGUGUUUGCAAUCUUGUUUUAUCAUCACAUCCUCAGAUCUUAUCACUUGUUCCAGAUUUGGUGAAUAUUUUCGCUCAAGUGGCAUUAUCACCUGUUGAGACUAAUGAAGUAAAAGCCCUAAUCGGAAGGGCCUUUUCGCAUCUUAUCUCAAUGUACGGCAAUCAAAUGCAAGCCUUGCUGAGUACGCUCUCGCCUGCACUUGCUACUGCUCUUGCUUCAUUGGCUCCAAAAACUUGAUUCCUAUUCGUCAUUGCUUGUCUAUUUGAAAAACAAGAAAAAAGAAAUGGUUUCUAUGAAUUGUGUGAGUAGUAACUAGUAAGUGAUUUGCUUGUGUGCUUGAAGAUGAGAAUAGCCAAUACCCUCGCUCGCAGGCUACAUUUGUUUUGGCUCCGCCUGCUGCUUUUGGUCGGUGAGAAAGUAUCGGCUUUUUCGCAAUUUGAUUUGUACUUGCAGGUUUCAAAUUCUUUGGAACUUGGAAGUAAAAGUUUUGUAUUCUUUUUAUUUUUUAUUUUUCAAUUUUGAUUUUGAUUUAUACAUGUGUAUAUUUGGGGGUAUGAAUCUUGUGAAAGAGGAGAAUGCUUAAUAAUCGUUGGUUGCGAUUAUUAAUGUGUGAGGUCUGAGGAGUACAUCAUAUCAUAAUAUAUUAAUAUGUCAGAUGUUUGCAA